GCUCCCAGGCAGGAAGCGCGUCCCCGCCGCUCACGCUGAUCCAAGUUCGGAGCUGAGAGCCGCGGCCCGUCAUGUAAGCGCGGCGGACGCUUCUUUGCAGUGCAGUUGCAGAAAUCACCGUUUUCCCGACGCCUGCGGGGCCCGUGCACGCGCACCGGCGCUCUGUGCACGCACGCGCACGCCCCGUACGCAGGAAGGCUCCAGGUGCAUGAAGACCGAGGCUGCUCUGUUGCACCUUUUGUUGCAGAAGCGAGCCGCGAUGGAGGGAGGGAGCGACAAGGAAGGCAGAGUGUCGGGCGCCUCCCCUCCCCCCCCCCGCGGCCGGGGGGAGACGUCUCAGCCGAGAGGAGCUCUUCCCCCGAAGAGGAAGCCGGUGCUGAAGCUGUCCAGAGAGGUGUUUGAGCAGCCGGGUCCGCCUCCAGUACCCCCCAGGGAUUUGGACUCCAAGGCCUGUGUCACUAUUGGAGAAAAGAACUUCGAGGUUCAGGCGGACGACCUGGAGCAGAUCAGCGAGCUGGGCCGUGGAGCGUACGGAGUGGUGGAGAAGAUGAAGCAUGUUCCCAGUGGAGUCAUCAUGGCCGUCAAGCGGAUCCGAGCCACCGUCAACACUCAGGAGCAGAAGCGGCUGCUGAUGGACCUGGACAUCUCCAUGAGGACGGUGGACUGCUUCUACACCGUCACCUUUUACGGGGCGCUGUUCAGAGAGGGCGACGUGUGGAUCUGCAUGGAGCUGAUGGACACGUCCCUCGACAAGUUCUACAAGCAGGUGAUUGAGAAAGGUCUGAAGAUCCCAGAAGACAUCCUGGGGAAGAUCGCCGUGUCGAUCGUCAAAGCUCUGGAGCAUCUUCACAGCAACCUGCAGGUCAUCCACAGAGAUGUCAAACCCUCCAACGUUCUGAUCAACGUUCUGGGUCAGGUCAAGAUGUGCGACUUCGGCAUCAGCGGCUACCUGGUGGACUCGGUGGCCAAAACCAUGGACGCCGGCUGCAAGCCCUACAUGGCGCCAGAGAGAAUCAACCCAGAAACGAACCAGAAAGGCUACAGCGUGAAGUCUGACAUCUGGAGUUUAGGAAUCACCAUGGUGGAGCUGGCCAUCCUGCGGUUCCCCUACGACUCGUGGGGAACGCCGUUCCAGCAGCUGAAGCAGGUGGUGGAGGAGCCGUCGCCCCAGCUGCCUGCAGACCAGUUCUCCACCCACUUCCUGGACUUCACCUCUCAGUGCUUGAAGAAAGUGUCGUCGGAGCGUCCGACCUACACCGAGCUCAUGCAACAUCCCUUCUUCACGUCCCACGAGGCCAGAGAGACGGACGUGGCUCGCUUCGUCUCGCUCAUCCUGGGAGACUGAGACACAAGCCCCGCCCACCUGCUGCUCUCCCCCUGGAGGCGGGGCCAGGGGGAGGAGUCUGCCUCUGGAAGGAGGAGCCUGUAGAUAACCCAAACCUUUGUGUUGCAUCAGAUUGUGACGGACUGCAUGUACAGAAUAUAUCGCCCAUACGAGGGGGGACGCAAAGGAAACCGGAAUUAGGUCAUAAAACAAUAAUAAUAAUGAGUUUGGGCUUCUGGCCGUCAGAUGUGCUGCAGGUAAGCCUCGUGCACAUCUGUGAGAAACCUGAGCUCCCAGAGUGACACU